CAUCCAACGGUGAAUAUCAAUUAUGACACUACUUAUUCUCACUCUCCCAGGCAUCACUCUCGCAAAACCCUCCUCGAUCGAACCCAUUUCUAGGGUUUUAGUUUCUGCGCAGAGAGAGAGCGAGAGAGGCCAAGCGUACCAAGCGACACAGAAAAGGUUGCAGCAAUGGCUUUCUUUAGUAAAGCUGGGAAUAUACUCAGGCAGACUGUGAGCAAGCACAUCAAUUCAGAAAUCUCUGGAUCCAACCCUUCUGUCUUCCAGAUGAUAAGAUGCAUGUCAUCUUCCAAAGUCUUUGUUGGAGGACUCUCAUAUAACACAGAUGACACAAGUCUGAGAGAAGCUUUUGAUAAAUAUGGAGAAGUUAUUGAAGCAAGAGUCAUUAUCGAUCGUGAUUCUGGUAGGUCCAGAGGGUUUGGCUUUAUUACUUACACUAGUGGUGAGGAGGCUUCUUCUGCUAUCCAGGCCUUGGAUGGACAGGAACUUCAUGGCCGUACAGUGAGGGUGAACUAUGCAAAUGAUAGAGCACCGCGAACUGGAGGGUACGGUGGUGGCGGUUACGGCGGUGGCGGUGGUUAUGGUGGCGGUGGUUAUGGUGGUGGUGGUGGUUAUGGUGGCGGUGGUUAUGGUGGUGGUGGUGGUGGCAACUAUGCCCAAGGUGGCACUAAUUACGACAGCGGGAGCAGUGGCAAUUAUGGCGGUGGUAACCAGAGUUUUGGUGGAGGUAGUGGUGGCAGUUAUGGAGGAGGCAACUAUUCCCAAGGCGGCACUUAUGCAAGUGGAACUAAUUACGACAGUGGGAGCAGUGGUAAUUAUGGUGGUGGCAACCAGAGUUUUGGUAUUGCCAGUGGUGAUGCUGGACUGAAUGUAAGCUCCGCAAGUGAUGGAUUUGAUGGAAGUACAGGAUUGGGGCUUGGUGGUGAUCAAUUUGGUAGCAAUGAAAGUGGCAACGUGGCUACUGCGUCCGGGGGUUUUGUCCCAGACGAUUCGGUAGUGGGAAACUAUAGGGAUGAUGAUGAUGAGCCUGACGACUAUGCCAACAAAAGGGCCUAAAAGAGUAUCUAGAAAAACUUUUGCAAUAAUUGGGAAUGCUGAGAAUAUGAAGUGAUUGAAUUUACUUCCUUUCAGUUUACCAAGUCUUGUUUAUUGCCUUUAGCCCCACCCCACCCUCUCGCUGAACUAUUUAUUUCUUCAAUUCUGGAUUCGGCUUUGUAAACUUGAAGUUUGUUGCAAUUUAAGUUGCAAAUUUUUAUAUUUGGAAGUGUUGGUAGAAUGAACUGCAUAUAUUUUGCUCAGCCUUUUCACAUUUGUUUUCUUGAAUGAAAUGAUAUUUCAUGCUGGUUCAUUAA